AUGCUGCUACGGUCUGAUCGUGCGAACCCGCUGCUGCGCCUCUCGCCCAAGACACGCCGCCGCAUUUACGAGUUCAUGGGCGUCGCAGCUACAGAGCAUGUCGCUGCAAGUCUUGUCUUCAACUUACACCGCAACCACCAUAUCUCCGCAACGGAUAAGCUGGUAGAACGACAUCUUGGAUUUCAUGGUCUUUUGCUAUCAUGCCGUACAAUCUAUAAAGAGGCCGCUGGUCUGCUGUACGCCGAAAACGUCUUCGUCAUUCACUCUUCCCCAGGCCCUUCCGACCCACUGUUGGCCCUGACAGGUACGGCUCUGGGUUCGCUGACCUGCCUCAAGGUGGUGCUAAACCAUACAUCCUGCCAUCAAGAGACUUCAGGAGGGGACAACGUUGCUGACUGCUGCCUGGCAACCGACGAGCUCCCCUGUGUCGGAAGAUCCUGGUGUGAAAGGACCCACAGCAAAGCUCACCAGCCCCCUUUGCGCAGCACAGAUCCGUCUGCCCUGUCUCUGCUGUUGAAGUGGGAGGCAGCAGCACGCCAUCUUUCGCAGAUACCACAAGAUCGCCUGACGCUUUUUUUCGUCUGCGACGUUGAUCAUGGAGAUGUUGAGGCGGGAAAGCUUGCUCUCGCGCCUCUCCUUACGCUGCCCCGUCUCAAAGGCUGCCAUGUCAGACUUGGGAAUAGGCCGGACUUUGAGCUGCAGAACCUGGUAGAUGAAGUGGUCCAGAAGUGUCUUGGACUCGUACCUCUCCCAAGAACCCAGUGUUCAGCUGCAAGUCCUUCACAAGUUGCCUCGCAUUUCCUUGACCUUCCUCGUGAGUUAAGGCUCCGGAUCUUGGGUUUCACCAAUCUAGUUACCCCCAUCAAAGAGGUAUCAUGGGAUGGGCAGGCCUAUAGGGCGAAUCGACCGACAUAUUCGAUGCGGCACCAGGCGGGCUACAAUAACGACCUGCAUAUUUCUUGCCGUCGUGACCAUCACCACGGAUGCCAGUUCAACAACUGCUGGCUUGAGUGUACCACACCCGGUAACUACCACGCCGGCUGCUUUUGUCGUCUGCAACACACUGCCAUCUCAUCGCACUGUCGGUGCUGGGCUCCGCCAACAGACCUCUUCCUCGUAUGCCGAACUCUGUACUACGAGGCUCAGCACGUGUUCUUUUCCACCAACCGGUUCAUCGUUCACGACUAUGGCGACAUGCUGGACCCUGACAUCAUACCAUCUCUGCCCUGGGUGGACACCUACCCAAACACUCGGCUCACGGCUAGUAGGUUUCUGAGGGAUCAAGUGCCCUCCAACAGUCUCGCGUCUCUUCGCUUUCUUGAGCUUGUGUUCCCCGCCUACAUGCAUCACUCUUGGCCCAGCAGCCCUGACCACCCGGCCAUUACAGAUUGGGUAGACACGGUUGAGUAUGUCAAUGACAAGAUCAACGGCCCAGGUCUCACCCUGAGAGUCAUCACGAUUAAUCCCCCGGGCACCCCACCAGUUGGUCACGACAGGUUGACUGUCGAUCAAGGAAGGCAGAUCGAGCAGGCCUACCACAACAUCUUGAGCCCUCUUGCCCGAUUCCAGGAUAGCCGUCGUGGCCCUCUGCAUCGAUUCUACGCUCACUUGGCCUAUCCUUGGGCGUACACGGAGGAUACCAUGACCAUGAUGGCAACUGAUGUGCAAAAGUACUAUGCCUUCAUCAGAUCUCAGGAAAACAGGCUCAAGGAAGCGGCGGAGAAAAUGGUGCUGGGGGAUGACCGGUAUUACAAGCAGAUGAGUUUCAACGCUUGCAGCACUCGACUCGAACCUCUGGAAGCCCCCGAACCCCACACUGGCGAUGACAGUGAUGCACAAUCUCCUACCAUCGAUUACUUUCACGAAGUAUCACAUGAAGUCCUGAAUAAGCCUCUAGAGGUUUGGGAAAGAGAGGAGAGGGAAGGCAAAGAGCCAAGGAUCAGCUACUGGCAUUUCUGUCACGAGGUCAUGCGUUCUUCUGGUUGA